AUGAUCCUCUUGAUAACACGGUCCCUUCUCAAUAUUUACGGUCGAUCACCGGCGGUCGGUCACCAGCGGUCGAUCACCAGCGGUCGAUCACCGGCGAUCAAUCACCAGCGGUCGACCACCAGCGGUCGAUCACCAGCGGUCGGUCAUCAGUGGUCGAUCACCAACGGUCAAUCACCAGUGGUCGAUCACCAGCGUGGCGUCCCUAAUUUCUUCAUCCCGACAACUCGACAACUAACAGGUGAAGAAUUGUCACUCCUUCUGCUUUUAUUUUAUUCGUUUUUUCAUAUAGACGGUGCCCUCGUCCUUCCCCGAUUGAGUCCGCCAAUCCUUUGCAGCGAAAUACCCCGAGAACUAACAUCGCACAAUGAACAAAAUAAAAUGUCAACAAUUGGAGUGGAGAAUAGGAAGGCACCGCAUCUAUCUCUGUCUGUUUACAUCUAUCUGUUCAUAUCUAUCUAUCAAUCUAUCUAUCUUUUUACAUAUGUGUGUGCGUGUGUGUCUGUCUGCAUGACUGAUUUUUUCUUUCUAUCUGUCUAUCGAUCUAUCUAUAUCAUCCUGCAUCUAUCAUCCUGCUAUCUAUCUAUCUAUCUAUCUAUCUAUCUAUCUAUCUAUCACCUACAUAAGAACCUUCUUGUCCGUACUAAUGAAUCCACCUAA